AUGCCCUUUCUCCAAGUCGACCUUGGGCGCGGCGUCCGCGAGAAGGUGCCCGUUGCACCAAACACCACGCUCCGCGAGGUGCUCUCAGCGGCCUGCACAAAACGCGGCCUCGACGUGGCGACGCGAGGCCUCCGGCACGGCCGCACACGCAAACACCUCGACCUGUCGAUCACAUUCCGCCUCUCUGGGCUUGACAACAACGCGCUCAUCGAGGUGGUUGAGGACGGACAUACCGCCCCGCGCGGUAGCAGCCAGGCGCCGUGCCGGGUCGCCGUCCAGCUGGAGUCGGGCGACCGCCGCACUGGGUCACUCGGCGAUGAGAGCAGCCUGCUAGAGGUGGUGCGCGCGCUCUGCCCCGAACAGCUGGCCGACGGCGCCAUGCCAGCCGGACACGCGCCUGCGAUCCUCUACGGAGGCUCGGGCGACCUCCGCGUCGUCGCGACCGGCGAGGAUCAGCUGCGUAGCACGACACUUGCCAGCCUCGGCGUCGCGAGGGGCAGCGCAGUACUCGUGCGCUUCGUCUCCCUCCCAGCCGAGGGCGGCCCCGAGG